GUUUGUUUGUGCCUUCCGGGGCAGGUCUGUAUUUUUAACCUUCAAUUUCUCAGUUUAACCCCUCAGUCGGUCUCUCUACUGUACCUUCCACAGUCGUUGCAGGCCCACAGCACUGUCUGACAGACUGACAGAUAAGCUCCUCAAUAACGUGCUCACAAAGACCCGUAGACUGCGUGACCAGGCUGUGCUUUAUGGAGCACAGGCUUGGAAAGAUGGACUAAAGCAGGAGGAGGGCGCCAGAAGAGAGGAGCAUUGGGACCUUAGGCCCCCAGGACCUAGAGGGCUAGUGACCACAUGAAUGCUGUGAAAUGCUGAGCAAGAGUGUCCAGGAGGAGGGGAGGGAAAAGAACCAGGGCAAUGAGAUUAGCCUGCUCCGCACAUACAAUGCGAUCAUUGCAGAUCUGUGCAGCGAGAUUCUUCCCCAAGCUCCGCUCCAGAAGGACGGUGACCCACUGAGAGACGGCAUGAGCCCACCCCAGCCCAGCCAGCGUGCACAAGCUACACCCCCUAGACCUUCACCUGAGAAGAGCGCACAGCAACCGCAAUCACCUAUGGAGCCGAAGGUUCGGCGCAGUCUCACCACUGUUCCUGUCAUCAGCCCUGAGAGAAUGCGGAUGGCUAAGGCUCUGGUGGACAAGGCUGUGAGGCAGCGAAAGGUGUUUUCAGUACAGGGUCCUUACCCUGUUGUCCGGGCAGCCCUGCGGGCAAGGGGUUGGGUGGAGCACCGCCUGCCACGCCCUGCCAGGACAGCGGGGCGUCGCCUUGGAGAUGAGGGGGAAGACAAGGAUGACAGUAAUGACGAUGAAGACAGCUCAGAGGAGGGAGAGAAGGAGGAAGACCCAGAUGAACUGUAUGACCUCAUGUGUCGCCUUGUGCGAAAUGAAGCCGUGUACUUUUACUGGACAAUGCGGAGAGAUGCAAUUGACUAUCGCAUGCUGCGGAAGGAGCAGAUGGUCAAUCACUACGCAAAGGCGGGCACUUUCACCACCAAGGUGGGUUUGUGUGUGAAUCUAAGGAACUUGAAGUGGUUCGACUCAGCCGAUCCCGACACGUUCUUCCCACGCUGCUACAGGCUGGGUGCCGUGGACGAGAAGCACGCCUUCAUCGAGGACUUCCGGAGGACAGCAUGCACCAGCCUCUUGCAGUGUGUGGUGGAGAGGAGUCGUGGGGAGAAAAGAGAGGAAUCCAGGGCAGGAAGAUCGCCUAACACCGUCAACGUAAAGGGUCAGAAGCAGUGUAAGCGUCCAGCCAUGCAAACGGUUGGAUCCGGAAUCAUUGGCACCGCAUUACGUGUGUGUCAGGACUUCCUGGACAGCAUAGAACACCAUGAUAUUGACAUCUCUAUGGAAACCCCCCCUUCCCUCACAGAGCAAGAGUGGGCGGAGUUUCUUCAUAACUACUACCUGGUUGUACAUGACGGGGUGGAAAUCCAGGACAGCGCUCAGCAUGUGGACAGCUGUCAGACGAUGCUGCAGAAGACGCGGGAGGUCAGCCCACAGCUGGACACGGACGGGAUCCACAACAUCUGGAUAGUUAAACCUGGCGCCAUGUCCCGUGGCAGGGGGAUCAUUUGCAUGAAACACCUGGACGCCAUCCUGAAGCUGGUGGACUGCGACCCGGGUCUGAUCAAGGAUAGCAAGUGGGUGGUGCAGAAGUACCUGGAGCGACCCCUGCUGAUUCAUGGCACCAAGUUCGACCUGCGUCAGUGGUUCCUGGUGACAGACUGGAACCCCCUGACGGUGUGGUUUUACCGGGAGUGCUACCUGCGCUUCUCCACUCAACCGUACUCCGUGGAAACACUGGACAGCUCCGUCCACCUGUGUAACAAUUCCAUCCAGAAACACUUCCAGCCGUCUCAGCUGCGCCACCCGGAGGUGCCCGAGGACAACAUGUGGUCGUGCUGGCAGUUCUGCGACUUCCUGCGCGGCCAGGGCAAGGCGGCCCUGUGGGACAGUGUGGUGGUGCCGGGCAUGCAGCAGGCGGUGGUGCACGCCCUGCAGACGGCGCAGGAUCUGGUGGAGUCGCGGCGCGGCAGCUUCGAGCUCUACGGCGCCGACUUCAUGCUGGGCGGCGACCUGCGGCCCUGGCUGAUCGAGAUCAACGCCAGCCCCACCAUGGCGCCCUCCACGGCCGUGACGGCGCGUCUGUGCGCUGCCGUGCAGGAGGACACCCUGCGCGUGGUGCUGGACCGGCGGCUGCACCGCAGUGCGCACACCGGGGGGUUCAAACUCAUAUACAGACAGGCUGCAGUUGACAUUCCGCAGUAUGUGGGAGUGAGUCUGCUGGUGGAGGGGAGUUCUGUCAAGCGACCACGUCGCCGCGCUAAGAGGAAAUCCCACCCCCCGAAGCUGAGCCCUGUUGUUCAGCCCCUCGCUGACGAAUCAGCACAGGAGGAGGCGGGGAGUGCGGGCAAAGCUGUGGGGAAGGCGAGGAAAACUGUGAAGCCUGCAAGGCCUUCUCCUGUUGUCAAGGCUCAUGUGGUGCCUAGUCGCUGGCCGCAGGAGGAGGGGACGGAGAAGGAGACGGCUCCGAGAGCUGAAACAGAGGCGGAGGCAGAGGUGGAGGGGAAGGAACAGGAACCGGAGCCUGUACAGCCCCCCGAAAGAGAGCGACAAGCCCCGCGCCAGGUCCCAGUGCCCCGCAUAACGGUAAUGCCCGACGCCCCUGCCUUCUCUAUGGAGCCCAAGAAAUCAAGGCACCAGGGUGCUGGCCUCACCUGGGACGACACGCCACCCGCAUCCACCCGCACCCUGUCCCGCUCGAUGGACUCGUCCCGCCGUGGCUCCGCCCACAGCAGACAAUCGUCCCGCCCCGGCUCCUCCCGCUCACCGCGGCCUGGCCUUACGCCUACACCCCAAGGCUCCCGUGGGCGGGACAGCCCCGCUCUGCUGUCCCCCGCCCUGAACGGCUCUCAGGCUCCGCCCACCUCACAGAGCAGCCCAGAGCAGCCCUUCUUCCCCCACUUCCACAGACAGAUUGUGCCUGUCUGCAGAGGGGCCGGAGCGCGCCAGUCCGUAUGACAA